AUGGUCAUCAAAACCCAGCAAGAAAACCCAAAAAUCAUAGAAAAUCCUACCCUCGCUAGAGAAGGGACAAGCCGCCACUGUUGGUGGUUGGAUCUCUCCUCCACGCUUCUAGAUCGGACUUCCGCAGGGGGUGAAGUGGGACGACCAGAUCCUCCUUCUUCGUUUGUCUUCCCUACGUCGCCACAUCGACCAAAUCUUCACCGCAUCAGGCUUUUCCCCAUCUCUCGUUCCAGUAUCCACUCACACGGAUGCUCCUCGUCCAUCACCGCUGUCGCGAAUUUUCGAAGAGCGACCGUUGUUGUUGCUGUCGUCGGUGUCCUCACCCGGCUCUACGCACGUUGCACGCUCCACGAUGUGGUGCCAGAGUUAUUGGAUUUGUGUCGGCUCCUGAAGAAGAAGGAACGCUGGGACGCUUGA